CGCCCGCGCCCUCCCAGCUCCCCCACCAGUGCACGAGUUUACCUCUAGAGGUCAUCAGGCAGGAUUUACGACUGGACAACAAAAGCACGUGAUGUGAAGCCGUACCCCAUAUUUGGGUGCCUACGUAGGAGGGAACCAAGUACAUGUCCCAGUCAUUUCCAUAAUUCAUCAUAAAUUGUGCAAGGGUGCUAUAGACGCACAAAACGACCAAGAGCCACAAAUCAAGCACACAUAUCAAAAAACAAAUGAGCUCUUAUUUUGUAAACUCAUUUUGCGGUCGCUAUCCAAAUGGCCCGGACUACCAGUUACAUAAUUAUGGAGAUCACAGCUCGGUGAGCGAGCAAUACAGGGACUCCGCCAGCAUGCACUCCGGCAGGUACGGAUACGGCUACAAUGGCAUGGACCUCAGCGUCGGGCGCUCUGCUUCCACCCACUUUGGUGCCAAUGAGAGACCCCGCAGUUACCCGGCCAACACCACCUCUGCCUCGACAGAGCCCAGGUACAACCAGUCCGCGACGGCUUCCCACUCGCCUCCCCCUGACCCUCUGCCCUGCACCGCCGUGGCCGGUUCGCCUGUCAGCGAGAGUCACCACGGGGUGAAAAACUCCCUCGCCAACUCCACCAGCACUUCGUCCAAUUCCAGCAGCAACACGCACAUCAGCAGAGACGGGGUUGGCACCUCGUCUGGGACUGAGGAAGACACUCCAGCAAGCAGCGAGCAGGCAAGUGCCCCGACCGACCAAAGCACAGCCCAGCCUUCACAGCCCCAGAUCUACCCCUGGAUGCGAAAACUGCACAUAAGUCAUGACAACAUAGGGGGACCAGAAGGGAAAAGGGCUCGGACUGCUUACACCCGCUAUCAGACCUUGGAGCUGGAAAAGGAAUUUCACUUCAAUAGAUACCUGACCCGCAGAAGAAGGAUUGAAAUAGCACAUGCUCUUUGCCUCUCAGAGAGACAAAUAAAGAUCUGGUUCCAAAACAGGAGAAUGAAAUGGAAAAAGGAUAAUAAGCUGAAAAGUAUGAGCAUGGCAGCUGCAGGAGGGGCAUUCCGUCCCUAAGCGUUUGAUCAAUUAAAAGUACUGAGCAGUAUUAGCUGACCCUGCGUCUCAUGUCAGUACUAAGUUGACUUUCUAAAACUUCCUUGUGUUACUUCUGUGAAGAAACCCUGUUAUUGUCGCCCUUAUUCAUCUUUUAAUCAUGAGCCUGUUUAUUACCAUUCUCUCGCGUGUAUAAGUAGAUCUGCUUUUAUCGUACAUUUCUUUGUCUUGAAUGGCUUUGUCUUGAAAAAAAUAAUAGAUGUUUUAACUUAUUUAUAUGAAGCGAGCUGUGUUACUUGAAGUAACUGUUAAAACAAAACAUAACUAAACAAAAAAGAACAAAAAAAAAGGUUAAAAAAAAAAAAGAGAGAGAGAAAGAAGCCCUCCCCCGGUUUAGUACAAAUGUUAUGUGUUGCACUCAACCUGCUUAACUGUGCAUGUGUGGUCAAGUGUUAAUGUCUGUAUAGCUCCAAGCUGUUAAAAAUAUUUUUAUUCAAACUACCUAUAUAAUUCCUGUGUAAUUAAUGCUGUUGUAGAGGUGAAAUGAUGAAAUCAACUGAACUUGUCCUACGUGUAGUGAAUAGUGAAUCUGUGACGAAAACUGUGAUUCCAAGCAGUAUGUCCUUGCUGUGCCUUUGUAUAUGACUCUUUGCACGAACUCUUAGAAGUGGCUCUUAUUAAGCGCAGCUUCUGUGAUGUAUGUUUUUUGUGAACAAAGUUACAAAUAUAGUCAAAGUCUGGCUGUUUGAGCAAACUGUGAUCAGCAUUUUUUUUUUUUUGUAUUUGUUUUUAAAAAAACUGACUGGAAAUCAACAAAAAAAUAAACUUUCUAUUGUAAA